UUUGUGUACCUUCCGGCGCGAAGUUGGCGUAAGAGAGUUGUUGCCGUUUUUACUCCUUAUACACCUGUCAACUAGAAAUCUAUCGACGGGGUGCAUAAACAGAGAAGAACAAACCCGUAUACAGCAGACAAUGACUUCAAUGAACGGAAAUGGAUUCAGUACGGAGGAGGACAGCCGAGGGGGCUAUGACCAGAUCUGCUGCCUGAUUGAUAAUGGCAGCCACUGUAUCCGUCAGGCGGGCAAUGCCAGCUACAGCAAGAGGAUACAAAAGACAGUCCAGCAGAGGAACCUCAAGCUGACCAGAGAUGAUGGAGUAGCACACAUCUAUAUUUGUGAUCAUCAUAAGACCGUCAUUCAGAGUGUGAGGAAGAGAAAACGAAAAGACAGCGAGGACGACAGAAACUCUCCAGAUGCUGACGAUGACGUUCCAGAGAUUGACUUUUUCCAAAUGCCUGUGAACUCGUUGAGGCGAUACAAACGUCAUUACAAACUGCCAACAAAGCCAGGCAUGAACAAGGCUCAGCUGGCAGAUUUGGUUGCAAGGCACUUCAAGACAAUUCCAGUCAUUGAAAAAGAAGCAUUGACAUUUUUUAUUUACAUGGCCAAAAACUACAAGAGCAAAUUUGACCAGAAGCACAUUGAAACCUUGCCAAGUUAGAUGAAAGGGAAUCAGCAGAGUUUUUAAUAACUAUUGAGACAUAUGUGUAUAUUGUAUCCCAGCGUGGGAGGAUAUGAAGUGCUCCAGGAUGGUGUGAGCUGAUGCAACAUGGGGCACUUCUCUUAAAUCUGUGGGUUAGCUGCAGAAAUAUGACUGGCAGUGUUAGGAACUGUGAACUGUGGAACUUUGCCGAGCGCUUGGAAAAGUCUUGGACACUGAACCCAAUCUAUAGGUGAUUGCCAUGCUGCCUGAAGUUAUGGACAGACACAGACAUUGGACUUAAUCUGGACGGCUUCAUACCUUGAAUUCAAACCAAACCUAACUUUUAUUCCACCUGAAGAGACUGUUAGACAACCUCAGAGAUUAAACUCAAACCAAACCCAAGCUUUAUUCCACCUAAAGAAACUUUUAGGCAAUCCCAGACGCUGAACUCAAACCAAACCAAUCCAAAGGACAGCCUCAGAUAUUCAAGCCAAACCUUUUUAGUUUUAAUCUAAAUGGUGUAUUACCUGUCGUCACUAUUGUUCUAUUAGUUGAACAAUUCCAGUGGUUUUCUGUGGCUAUUUGCAGGUACUUCUACAAGCACUUCUUGAAACAUACAUGGUACAUGUAACUGUAGCAAGAAUCACUUGGAGUACACAUAGAAUAUGUAAUGGGGGAUCUGUUAGGUACAUCUCAGUGUCACUUCUCAGGAAUUGGUUAAAAUUUAUACUCGUAGAGCAAGGGCUUCUUGCACAUUGCGACCAUAACCUAUUGCCUGUAUAUAGUUGACCGUAACUACCAUGGCAACAUAUGUUUUUAACAUGUCUCCAUGGCAGUUACGAUGAGUGGAGUGUACAAUAGUCGUGUGCAAGUGGCCCCAGGGCUCUGGCAAAUCACACGGGGGAUUACUUAACCAUUUAGGGGGAUGAUGGGGUUUUUAAUAUCAGCUAGUUAUUUGGAUGCAAUGGUAGUUAUGCACAAGUGAUGCUAGAAGUAUUCGUGUACUACCCUAAAUGACCAUGAAUUUCGUCCAUGACAAGCUUGCCCAUUUUUCCUGAUUCUGAGAGUCCUGUUGAUUUUAAAAAGGUGUUUGGAGGUUUGCUUGGAACUUGGUGUGAUAUUCUAUUGGAAAAUUCCAAGUUUCAGCACCAAAAAGAAUAUUUUGUGAUACCUAUGUGCCUCUUAAAUGGCUCUUUUUGUGCGUGAAAUUUUAGGUCAUUUAAGGUACAUGUAUUUCCCUGGGCUCUGAACAACCUGAUGAUUCAACUGGCAAAGGUUCUUACAGGGAUGGUAAGAUAACCAGAAUGAUCAGGUCACUACUCAGCUUGGAACCAAAUGCCUUCUGAAAAGAAUAUGUCAUUAGUACAGAAUUGAGCAGUUUCAGGUGCUUGUGUAUGGUGCACUUAUUUAGGAACUUUGGAGUUUUCUGUUUAACAUUUUUCAAAAAUUGUUUUUCAAGUUGGCUCCUUGUUAAAGGGGAAGAAAACUUUAGAAAAUGACACUAUAGGCUGAAAAGAGUACAUUUUUUUCUAUCUGGUGUUGCCUGCUGAGUCUAUCGCGUCCUCCAUCUUUAAAGCCCUGAAAUUGUAUGUUGCCUCUCAGCCAGUGAGAGUCGUUAAAACUACCAGCUUGUUCGUGUCAACUUGGAAUUUACGUCCGACAUUCCGGUUUUCCGAUCGUCAGUGGUAUUUUCAGUGGUAUUUGAUUGAUAUUUAAAUUUUCUUCUCCUGUAAUUUAAGUCUGUUAGGACGGGGAAACGCAGUGAAAGUCUAGAUCAGCUUUUUGGUAACAUUUUGAAACUGUCAGUAAUAUUGUGACAUGGACACAGAUUUUGCGUUCUGAACUGUACUCCAGUAGUGUUCAAUUACUGACGAGUUUACAUUGAAAACUUGUCGUUAGACUAGUUUACCUUUCUGGUGACAGUUUUGGAACUGUGUCUCUAAUACUGCGGUGCUUUCCCUCAAAUUUGUGAACCCAGCACAUGUACACAGCAGCUACAUUACAGUACUGUGGAAAUAUUCACCAGGGCCCUUAUUUAUCAAACAUCUAUAGACUUUUAGUCAAAACUUCAAACCCACCACAACUGAAAUUUUUCACUCUAGAAAGUAAAAAAAAUUGCUAUACUGAUUCCUUACUGCAUAAAAGUGUAGUAACUACAUGAGUUGUUUCCUGGUCCAAAAUUGGAUUUUUAAAGACUUGUAAUUUAUAAGUUAAGCCUUAAGUUGUUCGAUGAAUAUGGGUCUAGUGCUACUUGAUUGGGAUUCCCGUGGUAGCUGCUGUUGACUGUCAUACCAUAAUGCUACCAUGUUAGUGUUUUACAGUAAUGCAAGGUUUAUAGUGCAGUACAGCAUACAUAGGUAUGUGCAGACCAUUCUGGUCAGAGUGCUUCGUACUGAUACUUUUGCAGUGUAUGAGUUUAACUUAAAUUCUUCAUUGUUACAUUACACCAUGGGUUGAUUUCCCUAAGCCAUUUGUGGUUUUAGUCAGAAACUGAAAUACAAGAAUUUAUAAACACUAGAAAUUGGCAUUUUGGCCACUUCAUAU